CCCAGCCCGGCGCCUCUGCAGUGCUUCCGCUCCGCCUCGGCAUGCGGAUCACCAGAGGAUCUUUGACUGGCGGGAGAGCACCUCUUUGCCCUGAAGCAGCCCAGAAGUGCCUCUUACUUCUUGCCGGGAUGAAGAGGCAUCUCCAGAGAAGGGGGCUGGAUCUGGGUGGCUGCCAGUGAAGCGCUGAGGAGCUCCCGAAUCCCGCUCCUGUUCAUCCAUGGAGUGGCUGAGCCAGGGUCCUUGAUUGGGUCGGGUCAGGGCAGAGCCUCCCACGUCCUGCUCCCUUCGACUCACCAUGGGGUGGAGGCACCUCCUGUUGCUCCUGCCUCUCGCCCUCUACGCCCUGGCCCUGCUCCUGACCACGCAGGCAGCUGGGCCCCCACGGACACCCAAGGGCAACCGGACACAGGGGGCAGCGGCGCCCCGGCGCCCCUACAAGCUGGCCAAGGAGCAACUGAACCAGACACUCGUCAGCACAGCACCCUCUUCCGCGCUAGCCGGCGGUGGGGGAAGCCGUGGGCGCAGUCCUGGUGGGGGGCCAGCACGGGUGCCUUCCAGCGGCAGUGCAGGCAGCUCGAGCCCAGCAUAUGAGACAUGCAUGGGCUACUAUGAUGUGAGUGGGCAGUGGGACAAGGAGUUUGAGUGCAACAACAGCCAGAAGGGUUUCCGCUACUGUUGCGGCACCUGCUCUUACCGCUUUUGCUGCAACAAGCACUCUGAGAAGCUCAAUCAGGACAAGUGCCGUAAUCACCGCCCACGCCCCAGCACAGAUCCCAUGACCCCUGCCACCAGUCAUGAUGGACCCGGAGAUAUACCCAAUGGGUAUGACCCAAAUGAGGACAACACUAAUGCCACCGUCUACAUUUCGUGUGGGGCCAUUGCCUUUGUUGUCAUUGCGGGCAUUUUUGCCAAAGUGGCCUACGACAAAGCACGGCAGCCACCACAGGAGAUGAACAUCCACAGGGCUCUGGCUGAUAUCCUCCGGCAGCAGGGACCAAUCCCCAUAGCACACUGUGAAAGAGAGACUAUCUCAGCUAUAGAUACCUCCCCCAAAGACAACACACCAAUCCGAACAUCCUCCAAAAACCACUACACACCAGUGCGCACCUCCAAGAGCAACCCAGGUCACUAUGGAAAGGAUAUUUAUCGAAGUGGAGGUCCAGAUUUCCAUAAUUUCAUCUCCUCUGGAUUUGUCACGUUAGGAAGAGGACACAGCAAGGAUGACCAAGAGCAAAAUUAUAACCACCUGAUAUUAAGCCCUGCAAACCAGACACCUUCACAUGAAAAGCCACGGAUGAACAGUAUUCUCACCUCUGCCACAGAGCCCUAUGAUCUGUCCUUCUCCAGGUCCUUCCAGAACCUCGCUCACCUCCCACCAUCCUACGAGUCUGUGAUCAAGACUAACCCAAGUAAAUAUUCUUCCCUGAAGAGAUUAACUGACAAGGACGCUGAGGAAUACUACUCAAGAAAGAGACACCUCCCAGACUUGGCCGCAAGAGGGACCCUCCCUCUCAAUGUCAUCCAGCUAUCCCAGAAACAGACCACCCAAAGGGAGCGGCCCCGCCGUGUGAUGCGGGCCAUGUCCCAGGACCGAGUGUUGUCCCCGGAGCGGGUCAUGCCCGAGGAAUUCAGCAUGUCUUAUGAGCGGAUCCUCUCCGAUGAACAGCUAUUAUCCACUGAGCGCCUCCACUCCCAAGACCCGCUGCUAUCUCCAGAUCACUCUGGCUUUGGAGAGCAGUCCAUGUCGCGGGCUUUGUCGCACUCAGACGUCUUUGUUUCGACGCCCGUCUUGGAUCGCUACCGGAUGACUAAGAUGCACUCCCAUCCCAGUGCCUCAAAUAACUUGUACAACACCUUGAGUAUGAACCAAACGUCCGCCAAGCGCCAAGCAUUUGCCUCCCGGCGGCACAACACAGUGGAGCAGCUACACUAUAUCCCAGGACACCAUCACCAUUACCGCACAGCCAGCAAGACAGAGGUGACUGUUUGAUCAGAGACACUGUGCAUUGUAGAUAAUCCAUUUGGACCGGGGGAUGGGUUCAGUGCCCUACACUGCAGUGGCCUUACGGCCAAGAUAACCUCUAACUCCAUGUCUGAAAAGACAGACUCUUCCGACAGUCCUGUCUGUGUUGUUUUGAAAAUUCAUCUACAUGUUAUUGACAUAAGGAGGAAAAACAAAACCUGAAUAGGGAGAGACGAUACAGGUAAGAUUUCCUGACAUGCUCAGUUUCUGUCAAAGAAAGCUGUACAAGAUGGUGGUUCUUUUCAAGGGCUUGCUUGCACCUACUCUCUAGUGCAA